AUGUUCAAGAAAUUCACCCCAGAGGACGUCUCGACACAAAACCAGGUGAAAUCGUCCAUCCAAAGAGGCAUCAGAGCUAAAGUAUGUAGUACUUAUCCAAUUCUGGAAGAGACUGGUGCCAUUGAAGACAUUCUUCCAAAGAAGGAACAGGCAAUCCUCGCCAAACUGCCUGACAGAGUGCAAGUCAUUUGCAUCAAUGGAGAGCCACUGUUCUUCGCCCAAAGAGAGGACAACUGGUUUCCCACUCUUAGACUGCUUCACAAGUACCCGGAUAUGAUGCCAAAGCUACGAGCAGACACAGGCGCCAUAAAAUUUGUCCUGUCCGGAGCAAACAUCAUGUGCCCUGGGCUCACAUCUCCUGGCGCAACACUUCACGAUGAGGUGGAUGCCGAAUCACCUGUCGCAAUUUACGCGGAAGGAAAGGAGCAUGCAAUGGCGGUGGGUCUCACGAAGAUGUCCACAAAGGACAUAAAGGAGAUCAACAAGGGCAUUGCUGUGGAGAACGUCCACUACCUCAAUGAUGGUCUCUGGAAGAACAACAAGUUUCUUUAG